AUGGGAAAGCUUGCCCAUGGAGCCAUCAACACAACCGCCUCCGAAAUGAACAUUCACCGAUCCACUGUGGCGCGCGUCUGGAAGGACUUCCAUCGCGACGCCUUGAUGCCUUCACGCAAGGUAGGCCGUGUCGGUCGCACGCCCAUCUACACGCCCGGUGUCGUUGUAGCCAUGGUCCGCGAGUUGCCUCAGUCACUGCGCACCACCAUGCGAGAAAUCUCCGAAGCUAAGGGCAUUCCGCUGUCGACUCUCCACCGGCACCUAAAGGCUGGAACACUUCGCCGCCGCUCGACAAGGAUGAAGCCAAUGCUCAGCGACGACAACAGGGCGCAGUGCCUUGCAUGUUGCGACGACGCUGUCUUUGACGACAUGUGGGAUAUUCCAACGUCCCUGGUCAUGCUCCUGGCCGCCGUCGCGCGUCCCCGAUAUGACACCGAGCGUGGAACCUACUUCGACGGAAAGAUUGGCAUGUGGCCAAUUGUUGAGUAUCGACCAGCCCAACGCAACUCCCGCAAUCGGUCGGCUGGAACUAUCGUCGCAACGUUGGUCAACGUUGACGCUACGGCAAAAUUUCCUAUCUCGAACAAGCGCAUUGUGCUCCAGCACGACAAUGCAACUCCACGCGGCGGCGUCACCAACGAAGACCUUGUGAGCUCAUCAACGGACGGGUGGACCUUUGUUCACAAGUUGGUGAGUCGUUCGUUGGAUGAUGUCAUUCAUGCAACACUUACUGCGUUUGAGCUCAGCGGUGGCGAGACACUCGGAAAUGUGUUUCUUACCUUGCAGGCCGUGAUGCGCCUUGUUCUGGAGAACAAUGGCGGCAACUUCUUCCGCUUGCCGGAUUUGCGUAAGGAUGCGUUGCGUCGUGCCGGUGCACUCAUGUCCAACGUUUCCUGUCUUGUUGCGCUCUUGGCCUGA